AGGGUCCCACACCGAACCCUUUAAAACUCUCGUACUGCCCUAAGCGCCAAAAGACACCUCUCUCUCUCUCUCUCUACAAUCACUUUUGAACUCCGAUCAAAACCAUAUCUCUGGAUUGACCUAGUAAUGGAAAGCAACAAAUUGGACACUGGGGAGACCACAUCAUUCUUUACUCCUCUUUUACAAGAGAAUGAUUUUGCUCUCCCCUAUUGGCGGAAUGAUGCUGCUGACACCACCGGUAUGUUUCAAAAUGGUAGCAGUGCCGUAGCUGAUCCUGUGUCCCUCCCCUAUAUACCAUUGCAGGUUGCUUCUUUUCCUUGGAAAGACAUGCAUGGGGCUUUUCAACCAAACACCCAUUACAUUUCUGAGUCCUGUGGCAAUGCAAUGGUCGAUCUUAACCAGCUCCAUAACUUUCAAAAACCCAUAAUUGACCCGAAUUCGUUUAAUGUGGGUAAUACCAUACCAUGCUUGUAUGGGCAAGAUUUACAGUAUCCUGAGCGAAAUGUGAAGGGGACAUCACGCAUUCGUGAUGUGAUGAAUGAUUCAGUUGACUUUAAUAGCUUCAGGGACCCUGGCAUUAACAAAAGAAUCCCUUUGAUCAGAAGUACUAUUGGGGGAGGUUAUGAACCGCCUAGUGGAGAAGCAGGUGUUAGAAAUAUCUCUGGUCCACAGAUCCAUAACUUUAUUGGCUCUGGAGGCAGUAGUACUUACCAGACCCCCAACAGCGAUGGGGCACAGAUCAAGAAUAUUUUGGUCUCAGGAGGCAGCAAAACAAACAAUACCCAGAAUGGUGAAGUUGCUAGUAUCGUAAAGAAUGACGAGCUGUGUGCAGCUCAAUUUGGUUUUCCAAAUAUCGUUGAUGGCAGUUUUCUUUCUCUUGGAAUUGGAAGUAACUCAGAUGUCAAAUCAAAAUCCAAUCACUGCAGCAGAGAAAUAACUGGUGGUGGACUGUAUGGUGCUGUUAAUCCCCAGUUAAAUACUUCCCACACUCAACAAGAACCUGGAAGGUCCUUCAAUCCAGGUUACAACUUCAUUGGAGGACGACCGAGUUUCCAAAAUAAUGUUUGUGGAUUCUCUAGUCUGGGAAAUCAAGUGGGAGGCUGGACCUCAUCUUACAAUAAUUUUGGAGUUAGGGGUGAUAUUAAUACUUGUCCGAAUUCAAGCCAGUUGGCCCAGUUCCAUAAUAUACAAAAACCUGAAGCUAAUAUGCAACAUGGUUUUCCUGCAUCCAGCAUCAAGGACCUAGGUAUUGCAGGUGACAGAAAUGCAAGAUAUCCCAAUUUAGAUGCUUAUAAAGGCUUUAUAGGACCCUGUCGUAGCAGCUCUACCCAGCUGCUUGAUUCUGGACAGACUGCGGCAUCAGGGUUGGAACCCGGAUCUGUAAAGCUUAGCUGGACCUCUCGACCAACUUCUGACCAACUACAGAAACACUUAGCGGAAACAGUGAACAAAUUAUCACCAGAGUCUUCUAUGGUAUCUUCUUUUAUCGGGUUCAAAGGAAGCUCCACCAGGCAAGACCAUUCAGGGCAGUUAUUUACAGCUUCCAUGCAUAGUGCAGCUCAAUCUGUCGAUGGAAAUGCUCAGCCUCCUAGGAGAAAACAUGUUCAACUAGCCGGACAGCAGUUUUCUAUUAAUGACAUUGCUGCUCCUUCUGGUGCUGUUGGUGGCAUGUUUCCCAAGAGGUUAGGGGUUCAAGUUAGUAAGGAUAGUGCUCCUCAAGCAGCUGGAAGUGACCUUUUCCCACAGAGACUUGGGGUUCAUGUUAAUGAGUAUAGAGCUGCUCCAGCUGCUGGUGAUGGUCUGUUUCACAAAAGUACAGGCAUUAAAGGUUGCUCUCAAGAAGGUUUGCAAGCUCACUUACGUAAGGAUCUCAUUAGACCCCCUUUUCCCGCAGGUCAAGCAUUUUCAACUGCAAAUGGGUCUGGGCUCUCUCAAGCUUCUAACGUUGUUGGUGUACCAUUGCCAUCUCUUAAAAGGAGGGCAAUGCGACCCCCUCCAGCCGCUCCACGGGUCCAGCGCAGGAAAAUAACUCUUCCACCUCCCGUCCAUCCAUAUAUUUUAUCGUCACAGGCUGCUCCUGCACCUCCUCCUCAUGUAAAAUGGAAAGGUUUGGAUGGACUUCCUCAACCAAUUGGACAAAAAUGUAUGUUAUGUAAGAGGGAUCUUUCAUUCACACCAGAAGGCCCUGUGCACCAGCCGACUGUUCCACCAUCUGUUGCUGUUCUUCCAUGUGGCCACACCUUUCACGACAAUUGCUUGCAAACCAUCACUCCUGAAGACCAAUCUAAAGAUCCUCCGUGCAUUCCUUGCGCCAUCGGUGAGAUAUAAGUUACUUCAUUCUCUUCCCUUUUGUAAUCUGCAAGAACCAGAAGUUUUUGUCUGAAGUUCUGAGGUAUUUAUCAAUAGAAGAGAGGAAGAAAAGAAACUGGAAAAAAUGGAGUGUUGUAAAGGAAUUGUUGAUACUUGGUAAAAUACAGAAAGCUGUAGAUAGAGAAUGUGAGGUCAAAAGAUGAUCUGUCAUAUAGCAGUUAGCCUCUAAAGGUGGCAGAAAGCUCUUCCCCUAUUCUUGUCCAUCCCAUUAUCUAGAGCUCGAUGGGCAGCUUGUAAAUCCUUUUGUGAUUCAAACAUUGGCGUUGGUUUUUUAUACCUUCCAUGAUCUCUACUCUGGAAAAGUUUGUUCUGA